AUGUCUGUGGUCUUCAUUAACGGCCUUCUCCGACACCCUCCCUCUCCCCGGCGGUUUGGUGCAUGCUGCGUGCCCCUAGCCCAGGAGGAGGUAGUAGAAGUAGAAGUAGCCCCUGAGGCGGAGGCCCAGGUAGAAGCAGAGCCAGAGGUAGAGCCUGAACCAGAACCAGAGCCAGAGGAGGUGGUGCAGGAGGUGGUUCAUGAGGAGGAAGAGGCCUAUGAAGAGGAAGUGGAGGAGGGAGAUCAAGAUGAGGAGAAGCCGAGGUUCAAACACAGUGCUCCGAAGAUCCCUGAUGGCGAAAAAGUGGACUUUGACGACAUCCAGAAGAAACGUCAAAACAAAGACCUGGUUGAGCUGCAGUCGCUGAUCGAUGCUCACUUUGAGUGCAGGAAGAAAGAGGAAGAGGAACUCAUUGCUCUCAAAGAACGAAUUGAGAAGCGUCGAGCUGAGCGAGCCGAGCAGCAGAGGAUUCGUGCUGAGAAGGACAAGGAGCGGCAGGCCAGGCGGGAGGCUGAGCGGACGAGAAAGGAGGAGGCCGACGCCCUGAGGAAGGCUGAGGAUGAAGCCAAGAAGAAGAUAGCGCUAACCAACAUUGGAUCGGGCUUCAGCAGCCUCCUGCAGAGGGCUGACAUGAGGAGAGGCAAGAAGCAGACGGAAAGAGAAAAGAAGAAGAAGAUUCUGGCAGAGAGAUGCAAACCCCUGACCGUCGACAACUUCAGCGAGGACAUGCUGAGGGACAAGGCGAAGGAGCUGUGGGAGUGGCUGCACAACCUGGAGGCCAUCAAGUACGACCACUGCGAGAAGCUCAAGAGGCAGCGGUAUGAGGUCAUCUCUCUCCGAAACCGCAUCGACGAGCUGCAGAAACACAGCAAGAAGGGAGCCGCCACGCGCCGCAGGAAGUGAGCGGCUCCUCGGUGCCGGUCAGGACGGACGCGGGGGCGCCUCUCCCCGGCCACGGCGGCGGCUCGAAACCCCGGGGACACGCCCGCAGCUCCGGAGCGACCGCAGCGAGUGGACGCCUCGCCGCCCGUGUCUGCACGAGCGAAAUGGUUUUCCUGGAUGAA